CAGAACUUUGACCUUAUCUUCUCCUUUCAUUCAUAUAUCUAAUAGAAGCACAAAAAGAGUAGUACCCUAGCUACUAUCUAAUAUUCACCCUUCUUUGACCAUACCACAUGUCUCUCUUGAAUUUGCCAUAUCCCAUAUUGGAUUGCAUUCUAAAGCUUCUUUCACCAAUGGAUCUCACUAGGAUGUCUGAAGUGUGUACUUUUUUAAGGGAUAGAUGUCGAAGUGAUCCUUUGUGGGAACUCCACAUGAAGCAAAAAUGGGGUGGAGUCAUUGGUGAUGUUGCUUACAAGGAGUGGCUAUGGCACAUCACAACACCAAAGGAGAAAGGAAUUAACCAAUUGAAUCAACACAACAAUCAAAAUGGAUCAAUGGGACCUUUCAGUGGUACUUGGCCUAUGUUAUACCUCAGGUCAUAUCUUGAAGAUUGUAGUUAUCUUAAUUCCUCAUCAUUGGCAAAUAGCUUCAUGAUGGCUUUGUAUUUCUCUCUAGAGAAUGGCAAUUUCUGGUUUCCAGCUCAAAUCUACAGGGGAUUGUAUUUUCGUGACGCCUUAGUUAGAUAUGAUUCCAAAACUGAUAACUUUCAAGCAAGACAACAAAAUGCAGGCUGGAAAAUAAUGGGGAACAACAUCCAAUGGGAUAAGCUGAGAGCUCCCCCAGUUGAUACCCUUCCAUCUGUUAGAUACGUCUCUGAUUGCUUACAAGACUUAAAACCAGGAGAUCAUAUUGAGCUCCAAUGGAAGUCAAGUAGAGAUAUUCCUUAUGAUUGGUGGUAUGCUGUUAUUGGUCACAUGGAAUCAUGUAAUGAAAACGAAAACUUCUGCCGCUGUCGUUACUCUGAGACACUGAUCGUGGAGUUCGAGCAAUACCCUCUUGGAUCUAGAAUGAGACGAGUAAAGCUGCUAAAAAAUGGGGAUCAAUGUGAAGAAUCAACUGGAUGCUAUGGAGGAAUUAGAAAGCUUUAUAGUGAGGAGGAGAUUCAAAGAUGGGAGAAUAUCUUGUCACGGGGCAUGGCCGGAACAAGAAACACGUCUUAUAUAUGUCGGAGUGGAGCCAUGCCACGACCACCAAGGGGGGGAGUCUGAUUCCGCUAACUACAAUUGAAGUUGUUACUAAGAUGCUCCUUCAACUUUUCUGAUAUACCUUCGCUGCUGUUCAAACAAAAAUCUGUUGUAUCCAACUUUUGGAUUCACAAGAAUAUAUCUUCACUCGGACAAAUGUAUAUGUACCAGUAGUAUUUAUCAAGGCAAAUGUAAUUUGAAUUCAUUUAAUCAUAAAACUUGGAAAAUUUUUCAGCAUUAAGUUUGUACUUCUCCCCUAAAAGCACGUUAUCACCUUCAAUCCAA